AUGAGGAAGUCCCAUGUUGGCAAUCCCUCGCUCUACGAGGACGGCGAUCAGCGGAAUUCUCCUCAGUCGGAGCUUCGAGCCGCCCAACGCAACCGGGACCACCCGCCAGCGUCCAGCGGCCGCGGCAGUGCCCAUAGCAAAGAGCAGCAGGCCAGAAAAGGCAAUAAAUCGCCGACCGAUGAAGAUCUGGCUAAAAAGGAUCCAUUGGCACCGGCAACAUUCCACGGAAACAAGCCAUCUCGAGGCGCCCAAAUUGAUGCCGAACUCCGAAGAGAAGAUGAAGAGAGACUACGGCAGAAGGAGGGCAAAUAAAACAUACGUUGGUGGAAAUGGUAUGUCAGUGAUUGGAGCCGAGCAUGAUGUCUAAAUGAUACUCUGUUUAAUCUAUAUACAUUGAUCAAAGUCACG